AUGAUGGUCUUCCACGCAUCAACCACAACCCCUCUCUACCUGUCGGGGUGGCAGCCGAUUAGCGCGGGCCAGUACGCGGGGACAUGCAUCUUCCUCAUCGUCCUCGGCACCUUCACCCGCAUCACGCUGGCCCUCAAGCCAGUCCUCGAGGCCAGGCGAUGGCGGCCCGCCUCGCACGCCAAGUCGGCGUCGACGGAGCACCACGAGGUCCGGAGGGGAGGCAUCUCGUGGCUGGCGACGGUUGAGAGGGCGCUCUACGACGUCUUGGUCGCUGCUCUGGGUUACCUGCUCAUGCUCGCGGUCAUGACGAUGAACAUUGGCUACUGCAUAUCAGUCCUCGGUGGCGUCUUUUUUGGUUCUUUGGUUGCCGUUGUAUGGACCAGUGAGCACGAUGGUGACUGGCUUCCAUGCUGA